AUGAUGCAUCAGCUAUCUGAGAUACGAACAUACUUAGAACUUGUGGCCACCAAGCGCAUUCCAGUCAAUCAUGCAGUAAUAUACUGCCUGCAAGACAUAUUUAACUUGCUUCCAGAUCUACGUUUACACGACACUGUACGGGCGCUCAAUAUGACUUCCAACGAUCAGAUGCUCGUCGUCUAUGUUGCCUGUAUCAUGCGCGCCAUCUUGGCACUACAUGAUUUGAUCAACAACAAAUUGGCCAAUAGGGAGUCGGAGCGCAGUGAAGAUCUUUCCUCUGAUAAAUCGAAAAAGGCAGCUGCUCCAGCUGGAGAUCAGGCUGGAAAGCCGGUCGCCGAUACAUCCGAGAAACCCCCUACGGACAAAACAGCACAGUAA